UGAAAAUCACCCAGCACCACUCAAAUUGAUCAUCUAAAACAUUGGUAUGCGAAAAAAGGUAGCAAUAUUUUUCAACAGUCAAACCCUAAAGAAGCAUGGACGGCGACUCCUUAGCAGAACGACUAGUAGAUAAAAGGUACUUUUACAAUUUAAACGACGAACAAACUGAUACCAAGUCGUAAACCACGUGACAAGCACCAUCCCUAUUGGUACCAAAAUAUAAAACUACCUCCUUUUUUAUUACCACCAAUCAUCUCCCGCCACGUACUCCCACCGCUUCCCCCUUCCUCUAAACCCCCUCUUAAACUUCUCUGCUGUUGCUGCUUAGGGCUUCCUCCUCCUUCAAAAGAGCUCAACUGUCACUAAAUCUUUUACUAUGCGCAAGCUUCCCUAGCUCUGGCUUUAGCAAAAACGUCGAUGUCAAAGAUGAUUCGCUUCAUUUUUUGGCUUUUUUCCACUGUUUCGUUAACGGCGGUGAUCGGAACGGCGUCGCAUUCGAGCUCUGGUCCUCACAUAGCUGACGUCAACAUACUUUUACCUCCGAAAAUGACGAACCCCGUCGAAUAUCGGCUUCAAGGAAGCGACGGUUGUUUCAAAUGGUCGUGGGAUCAUCAUGAGAUUUUAUCAGUUCUGCCGGAGUAUAAUGUGACCAAUCAUUGCUCGACAAGUGCACGGCUGAGAUCGAUUGCGCCGUACUCCGGUAGAAAAGAAACUGCGGUUUACGCUAGGGACGUGCACAGUGGAACCGUGAUCCGGUGCAAGGUUUUCAUUGAUAAUUUUGAUAGAAUUCAAAUAUUUCAUAAUUCUAUUAAGCUUGAUCUUGAUGGACUCGCUACUCUCCGAGUUCGUGCCUUUGAUACUGAAGACAAUGUGUUUUCAUCAUUGGUGGGUUUACAAUUCAUGUGGAAGCUGAUGCCAAAAACUAGUGGGUUGAGUCAUCACCUUGCCCAUGUUCCUUUGAAGGAUUCUCCCUUAAGUGACUGUGGUGGACUGUGUGGUGACUUAGAUAUCCAGAUAAAACUUGAAGAAAAGGGUGUAUUUUCAGAUUUAUUUGUUGUAAAAGGCAUUCAUAUUGGCCAUGAGAAUGUUUCAGUACAAUUGCUUGAGCCACCGUUAAAGGGCAUGGGUGAUAAGAUUGUUCUAACUGUUGCAGAAGCUAUGUCACUAUAUCCACCGUCACCUGUUUUCGUCCUCAUUAAGGCUACUCUCCAUUAUAGUCUUAAGGUUAUCCGUGAGAAUGUUCCUCAAGAGGUAUCUCUUCCAUCGCCGCAUCAUCGAUGGUCUGUCACAAACAGUUCAGUUGCUGAAAUGGACUCUACGAUGGGUGUCAUUCAUGCGCUAACAUUGGGUGAAACAACUGUCAUUGUUGAAGAUACUAGAGUCGAUGGCCAUAGUCAGAUGUCAUCUCUUAAGGUGGUCUUGCCAGAUACCUUGUCUAUGUACAUAUCACUAUUUUCUGCUUCCGGUGAUCCAAUAGAAGGAAUGGAACCCAUUCCACCUAUGGCACGUUGGUAUGUUGUUUCUGGAAAACAAUACCUCAUUCAACUCAAGGUUUUUUCUCGGGGUCCAUAUGCACAGGAAAUCUACAUUACUGAGAAUGAUGAUAUUGAGUUCUAUGACAACCAAUCUGGCUAUUGGAAAAUUGUCCCAGUGUUAGAGCCUAUUGCAUCUAGAUACGGCUGGAGGAGUGCUAGAAUUUUGGAAGCUACUUCAGAGGGACUGGGGAAACUGACAGCCUCUUUAGUUUACUAUAAUGGACAUCAUGAUACCAAGGAGGUUCUCAAGGUUAUGCAAGAGGUUAUUGUAUGUGACCAAGUAGAGUUUAGCUUGGAAAAAGUAACUGGUGAAUCUCAAAUUAUUCUCCUUCCUUGGGCACCUGCAGUACAUCAGGAGAUGGAGUUAAAGGCUGCUGGAGGUUGUGCAAAAGAGUCGAGUGACUAUAAAUGGUUUUCUUCGGACAUUACUGUUAUUUCGGUCACUGCAUAUGGAGUUGUCCAGGCGAAAAAGCCUGGUAAAGCUACAGUGAAGGUGGUGUCAAGUUUUGAUUCAUUCAAUUAUGACGAGGUUAUGAUUGAAGUUUCAAUUCCAUCCUCUAUGGUUAUGUUACAAAACUUCCCUGCUGAGACUGUUGUGGGAUCACACCUCCCAGCUGCUGUUUCAAUGAAAGCAUCAAACGAUGCCUACUUUUCUAGAUGUGAUGCAUUUCAUUCCUUUAUAAAGUGGAAAGCUGGAAGCGAGUCUUUCAUUGUUACCAAUGCUACAGGAGAGGCACCAGUCCUUGAAAAGGAAGAUAAUUUGGAACUCCAUGUACCAGUAGAUGGUCCUCCAUGUUCAUGGACUUACAUAUAUGCUUCUGCAUCUGGUCAAGCUAUGCUGCACGCAACAUUUUCAAAGGAAUAUCAUCAUAUUGAUCCCUCUUUAAGUGGGCCUAUUGUUUUAAGAGCAACUUCCAGAAUUGCAUCAUACAUGCCUCUUACUCUGCACCAGGCAGGUGAUGGGAACCGGUUUGGUGGUUACUGGGUUAAUACAGCUCGAAUAGAAGCUACUAAUCAACUAGAAGAUCGAGAUAAGGUAUAUCUUGUCCCUGGAACACAAGUAGAUGUCAUUCUUCAUGGAGGGCCAGAAAGGUGGGACAAAGGUGUUGAGUUUGUGCAGAAAGUGGAGAUUUUUGAUGAAGAACAUGCACAUGACAAUGGGGUUGAUGUUCAUCUGAUUUCUAGCAGCCAUGGCAGUUUGUAUAGACUUUUAUGCCAAACACUGGGGACCUAUAGACUUGUUUUUAAACGUGGAAAUUUGGUUGGAGAUGAUCAUCCUCUUCCCACAUUAGUGGAAGCUUCAUUGUCUCUUGCUUGCAGCCUUCCUUCCUCAGUUGUGGUAAUAGUGGAUGAACCUGUUAAUAAUCGAGAUGUUAUUCGGACUGCAAUUCAAGCUGACCGUAGCCCGGGGCAAAUUCAAGUCACCCCAGUUACUGUGGCUAAUGGGCGAACUAUUAGAGUGGCUGCUGUCAGUAUUAGUACCACUGGGGAGCCUUUUGCAAACUCUUCUUCCCUGUGCUUAAAGUGGGAAUUAGGCAGUUGUGACAGUCUGGCUUAUUGGAACCAUGCUUAUGAUUCAGAGAACUAUAAUACGUCUAGUUGGGAGAGGUUCCUGGUCUUGCGAAACGAAUCGGGAUCGUGUAUUGUUCGUGCCACCGUUACUGGAUUCUUUGGUAGUUCCUCAGCUGAUCGUUAUUCUGCUAAAUUGCUAGAAGGUUCAGAUAAUUUUCUUACAGAUGCUGCACGGUUACAGCUUGUUUCUACUCUAAGAGUGAGUCCGGAGUUCAAUCUGUUAUAUUUCAAUCCUAAUGCUAAGACAAAUUUGUCAAUUACUGGAGGGAGCUGUUUCUUGGAAGCUGUUGUGAAUGAUUCUCGAGUCAUUGAAGUUACUCAGUCACCACCUGGUUUACAAUGCUUACAACUGAUUUUAUCACCAAAAGGCCUUGGAACUGCAGUUGUGACAGUUUAUGAUAUUGGGCUUACUCCUAAUCUUGUGGCUUCUGUCGUGGUCCAAGUUGCAGAUAUAGACUGGAUUGAGAUUAUGUCUGGAGAAGAGAUAAGCCUUAUGGAAGGAAGUUCAAAGUCAAUUGGUUUGAUGGCUGGGGUUGAUGAUGGAAGCACUUUUGACAUUCAUCAGUAUGCGUACAUGAAUAUCCAUGUGCAUAUUGAGGAUGAUAUAGUUGAACUUGCGGACAAGGAUGAUUUCUCAAGCCCUAGCGGUCGAUAUAUAGGUGCACAGACUUUCAAAAUCAGGGCAAAACAUCUUGGUGUCACAACUCUUUACGUCAGUGCUAGACGACAUUCUGGACAUGAACUGUUGAGUCAAGCUAUAAAGGUUGAGGUUUAUGCUCCACCAACAAUUCACCCACCAAAUAUUUUCCUAGUACCAGGCGCUUCUUACUUGCUCACUAUUAAAGGAGGUCCGACCCUUGGUGCCUUUGUGGAAUAUACAAGUACAGAUGAUGCCAUUGCAACAGUGGACAAAACUUCAGGGCGAUUGACUGCAACUUCACCUGGAAAUACUACACUGCUUGCCACUGUUUAUGGGAAUGGCGGUAAUGUGAUUUGUCAAGCAGAUAGCAGUGUUAAAGUGGGAGUACCAUCUUUAGCAAUAUUGAAUGUACAAAGUGAACAACUUGCUGUUGGCCGUGAGACACCAAUUUAUCCUUUAUUUUCUGAGGCAAACUUAUUUUCUUUCUAUGGGCUAUGCAAAGACUACAAGUGGACCAUAGAAGAUGAAGAGGUGUUAACAUUUGGGGUUCCACUGGUUGGUUCAGAAGCAGUUCAACGCGUUAGUUAUGUGGAUAACAAAGAACUUAGUUUUAUCAAUGUUCUGUAUGGAAGGGCCCCAGGGAGGACAAAUAUUGCAGUUUCAUUCUCAUGUGACUUUAUUUCUUCUGGUUCACACUUGGAGGCAAGGACUUACAAUGCUUCUCUCUCACUAUUGGUGGUGUCUGAUCUUCCCCUGGCACUUGGAGCUCUGAUCACAUGGCUUCUUCCUCCCCAUUAUACCACAUCUAGCAUCUUACCUUCAUCAGCAGAGUCACAUGGGCAAAAAGAUGGUCAGAAUCGCAAAGGAAGCAUAAUCUAUUCUUUGUUAAGAAAUUGUGAGGAAGCAACAGAAGCUUCACAGCGUGCUGUUUCUAUUGAUGGGGACAAAAUAAAAACAGAAGAGAGCAAUAAUCUUGCUUGCAUUCAAGCCAAAGAUCGCAUCACUGGGAGAACUGAGAUUGCUUCUUGUGUCCGGGUUGCUGAGGUGGAGCAAAUAAGAAUAACAAACAAGGAGCUUCCAGUCCAUUCAAUUGAUCUCGCUGUUGGUGCAGAAAUUGAACUUUCAAUAAGUUACCAUGAUGCUAUAGGAAAUCCCUUUUACGAGGCUUCUAAUGUUAUUCUCCACCAUGCUGAAACUAAUUAUCCUGAUGUCGUCUCUGUUAACAAUACCCGUGACACCAAUAUGAUUCAUCUAAAGGCAAUGCGACAUGGUAGGGCUCUUCUCCGAGUAUCAAUUGAUAAUCAUCCACAGAAGUCGGACUAUAUGCUGAUUUCAGUUGGUGCCUAUGUGCAUCCCCAAAAUCCAGUUCUUCACCAGGGGAGUUCUAUUAACUUCAGCGUAGUAGGCUCUGAUGAUCAAGCUUCAGGUCACUGGCAUAGUGUCAAUGAAAGUGUUAUAGUUUUACACACUCAAUCUGGACAGGCGGAAGCAGUUGGAGAGGGAUCGACCCAAGUUUCUUUCGAAAGUUCAAAUGUCAAGCUGCGAACAACAGUCACAGUUCUACCUGGAAGUACACUUGUUGUGGAAGCCCCAAAGGAGAUGCUGACAAAUGUUCCGUUUCCCUCCCAAGGAUUUAGCUUUUCCGUGAAGUUCAGUGAUACAAAUGACAAGAUCAACACUGUUGGAAGCAGUAAAGGAGCCCCAUAUGACUGUAGGGUAGACCCUCCUUUUGUCGGCUAUGCAAAGCCAUGGAUAGACCUUGAUACUGGCAACUCGUUUUGCCUUUUCUUCCCUUACUCCCCAGAGCAUUUGGUCCGCACCAUACCCAAGUUGAAGGACAUGAAACCAUAUAUAUAUGUUUCCAUUAAUGCUUCAAUGAAAGAACACAGCCAUGUUUCUGGAUCUGCAUCUGCACUUUUUGUCGGGGGAUUUUCCAUAAUGCAAAUGGGAAAGGAUAUAGCACAGAUAAAUCUGACACCAGACUUUAACAAGACUAUUGUAACCAUCUUGGGAAACACAGAUGUUGAAAUCCACUGGCGUGGCCAAGAUUUGUUAGCAAUCAAUCCCAUCCAGAAAGAAGGAUUUGGUCUCAGUUGCCACAUAGAUUAUGAGGUAAAAGCACUUAGUGCCAAGCGAUUUGCAGAUAAAAUCAUUGUCAAACUCCCAUCCACCGGUCAAAGAGUGGAAGUGGAUGUCAACUAUGAACCAGAUGAAAAAUCUGAAGCUACUAUUAACUUUUCCUUUUGGGCGAAGGUUAUGGGAAGUAUUGCCCUAACAGUAAUCACACUGAUCAUUGGCUUCAUAUGUUUCCUUGACCGACCUCUUGGAUCAUCCCAGCCACCAUCCACUCCUCUGUGCAGUUCAAGCAUAUCAGCACCUGUAACGCCAGACCGGAGAAGUCCCCUUCAUUUGGACGAACAAUCUCCACGAACACCGCAGCCAUUUGUAGAUUAUGUGAGAAGAACAAUAGACGAAACUCCAUACUAUCGGCGAGAAGGUAGGAGGAGGUUUAAUCCUCAGAACACAUACUAAAAUAAUCUGGCUGCCCUUUAACUUCAUUUUUGUUGUAUUGCUUAGAAGUUAGAAACUGGCAACAUGUAUGCCAAAUUUUGUUGUAUCAUGUAUGUGUAUAUACAGGCGAAACAUACAACCUCGAAUUUCAUUGACAGACUCGAUGAUUGGAUCAUAUCAGUGAUUUGGUUUUGUUGGUAUGAUUUCUUAUUAUAAUCUGUGUUUAAGGUGUUUCAUAAA